ACCCUCGGACCAACCGAAGCUAAACUUUAGCUUUCACCUAGGAGUCCAGCACCUUAGACGCCAGAUCGACUCGAUCGCGGACGCUUUCUACUCGCUCUGAGGACAGGAAAACUAAUCGCCUCCCAGACGAAUUUCAGGAAGAAUCUUUCUUUGAAAAAGUUCAAGAAAAAGAAAAAUAAGAUGUCUGCCGGAAUGAAGAAAGUGAUUUUGCUGCCUUUUGUGUGCAUUGUCUUUGCCUGCAUGGCUGCAGGUCAGGAGUGCAGCGGUCAGUGCUCGUGCCCCGCCGCCCCCCCUCAAUGCGCCCCCGGCGUGAGCCUGGUGCCGGACGGCUGCGGCUGCUGCAGAGUGUGCGCCAAGCAGAUGGGGGAGCUCUGUACCGAGAGGGACGCCUGUGACCCCCACAAGGGUCUCUACUGCGACUUUGGCUCUCCCAUCAACAGACGCAUCGGAGUCUGCACAGCGAGGGAGGGCGCCACCUGUGUUUUUGGAGGAAUGGUGUACAAAAGCGGCGAAAGCUUCCAGAGCAGCUGCAAGUAUCAGUGCACUUGCCUGGAUGGAGCUGUGGGCUGCGUUCCCCUCUGCUCCAUGGACGUGCGCCUGCCCAGUCCUGACUGCCCCAUGCCCAGACGGGUCAAGGUGCCUGGGAAGUGCUGCGAGGAGUGGGUGUGCGACGCCACGCAGCACACAAACAGCUUCAUGGGCUCCCUUUUGCCUGCUUACCGCCAAGAGGAGACCUAUGGCCCAGAUCCCUCCAUGAUGAGGGAGAACUGCCUGGUUCAGACCACCGAAUGGAGCGCCUGCUCCAAGACCUGCGGCCUGGGGGUCUCCACCCGGGUCACAAACGAUAACCGCGAAUGUCGCCUGGAGAAGCAGACCCGCCUGUGCAUGGUGCGGCCCUGCGAGUCCCAGCUGGAGCAGAGCAUCAGGAAAGGGAAAAAGUGUAUUCGCACUCCAAGGCUCUCCAAGCCCAUGAAGUUCGAGAUCUCCGGCUGUACCACCACCAAGUCCUACCGCCCCAAGUUCUGCGGUGUGUGCCUGGACGGCCGCUGCUGCACCCCCCACCGGACCACCACCCUGCCCAUGGAGUUCAAGUGCCCCGACGGGCAGGUGAUGAAGAAGCACAUGAUGUUCAUCAAGUCGUGCGCCUGCCACUACAACUGCCCCGGCGAGAACGACAUCUUCGAGUCUAUGUACUACAAGAAGAUGAUGGGAGACAUGGCGUGAGGGCCACCAGGUGGUAGCAACGCGGCACCUUUGUGACUUGAAAACAUCUCAUCCGUAGCUCGGUAUAUGAAGCCUGCAACUUUUUGGUGUUCUUUUGACUUUCUUUGUUGGAAAAGUAGUCGGACACGUGUCGUCGUGUGCGGCCGUGCACUUUGAGAGCUCAGACGGAAGCUUGCCUUGCAGCUCAGAGAGAUUCCUGCACUAUAAUGUCCAUUUUGCUUUGAUUAGCUUUCCAACCGUCCAUUUUUUACUUUUAAAUUUGACCGCCUCUCGAAAUGAGGUGUGUAAUACUUCCCCCGCCCAUAGAGGGUGUCUGCAGACCACAGCAGGCCACUGUUCCUCCUCUUUGCAAACAUGGUUGAAUGUGUGUGUGUGUGUCUAUCUGACAAUGUGUGUCUGUGUGUGUGUGUGUGUGUGUGUAUAUGAGUUUCCGUCCCAAGGAGGGAAAAACAAGUUAGGACGCACUGAGAAAAAGAAGGAAAAAGAGCCUAUUUUGUACAUGAAUAGAAAGAAAAAGACUGGAAGAAAUAUUUCAUUCCUUUUUUUGUGUAAAUGAUGUAAAUAUUUGUACAUUGUAAGUUAAUUUAAAGCCAAAUGUGUUCUGUGCUUUGGAAAAUGUAUCAUUAGUUAUUUUUGGACGACAGUAUUUUGUACUAUUUUAUUGAGAAGUGUGACACAUUGUUACAUGUUUGACUUUGUAGCUGGAAAUAAAAAUGUUAUAUUUUUUGAUACAAA